AUGACGGAGGCGACAGCGCACAGACUGGACUUUGAUCUCAUGAAUAAAACUCGGCGUAACGUUAACCUCACAGGCCUGGGAAAUAUAGACUGUAUCUUUGAAAGCAGAGUGAGUGGUCUGAGGAUUGUUCUGCUGGGAAAGAAUGGCUCAGAAAACAACAAAGUGGGAAACACUAUACUGGGAACAGCAGCGUUUCACAGUGAAGCUUCAUCAUCUUCUUUACAGCAGCAGAGUGAGAUAAUUAGUGGAACGGUGGAGAAGAAACACCUCACAGUCAUCAACACUCCUCAUCUUCUCCAGCCACAUCUCUCACAGCAUGAGAUCACACAGAGAGUGAGAGAGUGUGUGUCUCUGUCUGAUCCAGGACCUCAUGUGAUCUUACUCGUACUGCAAUAUAAAGACUUCACUGAGGAGGACCUGAGAAGAGUGAAAACUGUGCUGAACCUCUUCAGUGAGAAGGCCUUUAAACACACGAUAGUGCUGACUACUGAUGAAGAGACACACACUUCAAUAACUUCUAGGAUAUGGAAUAACCCUUUGGGCUCCAACAUCAAAUCGGCUCCUAUGAUUACUAAUUUAACAAAGGAAUGUGGAGGAGGACAUCUUAAGUUUGAUGCAAGAAACGCAGGAUGGCGCUCUGAGAUGAUCAGUAGGAUAGAGAAGAUGCUCAAGGAAGAACAAGAAGAAUUUCUCGUCUGUAACAUGUAUGAGGAUGGAGGAACAUCAGUGGAUGAAGAUCCAAGCAGAUCCGGGGGUUUAUUCAGAGGAGAUGGCACAAAGGAGGAUGGAAAACUCAAACAGAAUACAAAAACAGCAAGUGAUGGAGGAGUGACUACUUCUGGGAAAGCAAAGCUGAACAUUGUGCUGUGUGGAUAUAAUACAACACUCAAGAACACAGUGUCUAAAAUAUUUAGAGGAAGAAUAAAUAAACAAAAGAAACAUUUCCAUCAGAGAGAGAUGAGGAAAGUGUGUAUGAAGAGAGAGGAGAAGAUUAAUGGACGGCAGAUUACGGUAACAGAGCUUCCGACUCUCACUCGUCUCUCAGAGGAGGAAGUGAUGCGGGAGACUCUCAACUGUGUGUCUCUCUGUGAUCCUGGAGUUGAUGCUUUUGUCCUCGUUACUCCUGUCGGUUCACUGACUAAUGAAGACAGAGCAGAAAUGGAGAAGAUUAAAAGAAUAUUUAACUCUAAUGAGCACUUCAUGGUGCUUUUCACUGCUGAUCUCACUGAUGACAGAAGUGUGUCAGAUUGUGUAUUAUCCACAGAAUCUCAGAGCAUCGUGAGUCUCUAUGGGAGCUGGUACAGUGUGAUGGGGUUAAAGGAUGAUAGAAUCUCCGGAACGAUCUCAAAUAUUCUGGAUUGUAUAGACAACCUGAAGACUGAACCCUAUUCACUUCAGAUGUAUCUGAGAGCUCAAGAGAAGACAGUCAGAGAUGAACUAGAGGAGAAACUCAGUGUGAGAGAUAAAGAAAUCCAAGAGUUACAGGAGAAGAUCAAGACACCGGUUCCAGAGGGUGUGAAGCUGAAUCUGGUUCUGUGUGGGAGUAACAGAAGAUUAAAAUCCUUCAUAUCAAACCUGAUCCUGAACGCCGCAGACAGAAGAUCAGAGCCCGGAGAGUGUGUGAGGACAGACGUGGAGCUUCAUGGACGUCUGGUGUCUCUGGUGGAGCUUCCAGAUCUGAUCAACACACAGAUCUCAGAGGAGGAAGUGAUGCGUCAGAUUCUCCGCUGUGUGUCUCUCUGUGAUCCUGGAGUUCAUGUUUUCCUCCUCACUAUUUCUGAUGCUCCACUGACUGAUGAAGACAGAGCAGAAAUGGAGAAGAUCCAGAAGAUAUUCAGCUCAAGAAUCAACAAACACAUCAUGAUCCUCAUAAACCAGAAUUCAGAGGAAAAGACAGCAGAACUGAAUGAAGAAACACAGUCUGUCAUUGAGAGUUUUGGAGGACGACAUCAUUUCAUUGGUCCUGACACACAAGUGUCCGUGUUAAUGGAGAAACUAAAGCAGAUGGUUGAGGAAAAUAAUGGUGUUUGUUUCUCCUCAGAGACAUUGAUGGAAGUACAGAUGGAAAAACUGCAGAAAUUUGAAGAAAUGAAGAAGAAAAUCCAUUCAUUACAGACAUGGUUUCAGUCAAAAGAUUCCAGAGAAAGUGAGGAUGAUCUGAGGAUUGUGCUCCUGGGAAAAACUGGAGUUGGGAAGAGUGCAACUGGAAACACCAUCUUAGGAAGAGAAGCAUUUACAGCAGUAACCGCUCAUGAAUCAGUUACUAAAGAGUGUCAGAGUAAAUCAGCCAAACUAAAUGACAGACACGUUACUGUGAUCGACACUCCAGGAGUGUUUGAUACUGAUCUUACUAAUGAGGAGAUCCAGAGAGAAAUCAGACACUGCAUCUCCAUGAUCCUGCCUGGACCACAUGUGUUCAUCAUUGUGCUCAGUCUAGCACAGCGAUUCACUGAAGAAGAAGCAACAGCAGUGAAGAUCAUCAAAGAGAUGUUUGGUGAAAACUCUUUAAUGUACACCAUGGUGCUCUUCACCAGAGGAGACGAUCUGGAGAACAAAACCAUUGAAGAGUAUCUGGAAAAUCCUGGAUCUCGUUUAAUAAACCUGGUUGAAGCGUGUGGAAACAGAUACCAUGUGUUCAAUAAUAAGACUAGAGACCGAACACAGGUGUCUGAUCUACUGAAGAAGAUAGACCACAUGGUGAAAGAAAACGGAGACAGUUACUACUCAUGUAAGAUGUUCAGAGAGAUGGAAAGAGAGAAAAGAGAAGAAGAAUAUAGAGAGAGAGAAGCACAAUAUAAAAGAGACAUUAAAGAAAGAGAGGAACGAGAAAAAGAAAUGCAAGAGGAAAUGAAGAGAGAACGAGAGGAAUGGGAGAAACAAAAACAACAGGAAAGACGAAUGAGAGAAGAAGAUGAUGAGAGAUGGAGAAAGAGAGAACAGGCAAUGUGGGAUGAAUAUAGUCAGAGAGAAGAACGAUAUAAAACAGAGAUGAAAAGAGAAAGACAGGAAUGGGAGAGACAAAAACAAGAGGAGGAUGAGAGAAGGAGAAAGAUAGAUCAGGAAACAUGGGAUGAAUAUUAUGAGAAACUUAAACAAGAGGUAAACAGAAGACACGCAGAGAGAGAAGAUCUUCAGGCCAAACAUGAAGAAGAGAAAAAGAGAAUGAAGAUGAUGAUGGAGGAAGAAAGACAAUACAUAGAGGAUCAUGAGAGAGAGAUGCGAGAAGAGAUGAAGAGAGAACGAGAGGAAUGGGAGAAACAGAGACAACAGGAAAGACUCGGAAGAAAUGAAGGAGAGAACAAAACAAAUAGAUUUAAUCAACUCCAUGUGGGAACUCCAGAGGAACAGGACACCAAUAAUGAUGAAGAUCCAGGAUGUUUGAGAAUCUUGCUGUUUGGGAGGACAGGAAAUGGAAAGAGUGCCACAGGAAACACAAUCCUCGGAAACAAUGAGUUUCGCAGUAAGGCCAGUUCAGAUCCAGUGACCACUGUUUGUCAGAAAGGAGUUGGUGAAGUUGAUGGUAAAUCAGUAGCUGUUGUUGACACACCAGGACUCUUUGACACUUCACUGUCAAAUGAAGAAGUCCAGGAAGAAAUGAUGAAGUGUAUUUCACUGUCCGCACCUGGACCUCAUGUGUUCAUCAUUGUGUUGAGUUUGGGAGAAAUCACUCAAGAGGAGAGAGACACUUUAGACAUGAUAAUGAAGAUAUUUGGUUCUAAAGCAGCAGAUUUCUGCAUUGUUCUCUUCACUAAAGGAGAUACUCUGAAAAAACAAACAAUAGAACAAUAUGUCGAGAAAACUAAAAAUGCUGAACUCAAGAAACUGAUCAGUGAUUGUGGAAACAGAUUCCUGGCUUUUAACAACCGAGAAACACAAGAUCGGACGCAAGUUACACGUCUGUUCAAGAUGAUAGAAGAGGUGAAGGAAUCUAACGAGGGCCGAUACUUCACUAAUGAGAUGUUUGAGGAGGCAGCGAUCUCUAUUGAAAAGAGAAGGGAAAUGCUGGAAGAGAAUGAAAUUGAAAAUCAGGAUCAAGUUGAAGAAUUAGAAGACAGAUAUGAGAUGGAAAUCAAACGCAUGAGACAGAGACUGGAGGAGAAAUUCAGAGAAAAAGAGGAAAAACUGAGGAAAGAGUUUCAGGAGAAAGAAAAAUCAGAGCAGAAGAAACAAGAGGAGGAGGAGGAUCGGGAACGAUCAGAAGAGGAAAAACAGCGAAGAGCUGAAUAUGAUCGUAGAAUAGAUGAAAUGGAGAGAAAGACUAAAAAGCAGAUAUUACAGUGUGAAAAACAGCUAAAAGAAUGUGAUGAGAAGAAAAAGAGAGAAGAAGAACAUAAACAAGAUCAAGAAAAGAUGAAAACUGAGCAGGAACGCAUCAUGGCAGAGUUAAGAAGAAAACAGGAAGAGGAAAUAAAAGAGAGAGAUUUAGAGGAACAAAUGAAGAAGAAACAAGAAGAGAAAGAGAGAGAAGAAUGGAAGAGAAAAAUAAAAGAGGCGGAAGAUGAUGAAGAGAUUCAAGAGCGAAUUAAACGACAGCAGAGGGACUGGGAGGAAGAGAAGAAACAACAGAUGAGAGAAAGAGAGGAAGAGGAAAGAACGAGAAAAGAGAGACAUGAGAAACAACUGAGAGAAAAACAAGAAGAACUGGAGAAAACGAGAAAGAGAUUUGAAACUGAGAGAGAAGAAGAAAGACAGAUGAUAGAGGAGGAGAAACAGAAACUGAGAAAAGAGAAAACCCAGAUAGAGAGAGAUUAUGAAAAAGAGAGAAAUGAAAUGAAGAGACAUUAUGAUCAGCUGGAGCAAAAGAGAGAAGAGGAGCGGGAGAGGAGAAAACAAGAGGAUGAAGAGAGAAGAAGGGGGAAGAGAAAGAGAUGGGAGAAAACGAUGGAAGUUCUCAAACAAGAGCUAGAAGAAGAGAUCAAGAGAAGAGAAAAAAAAGUGUGUGAUGAAAUGAAACCAAAACAUGAAGAGGAAGACAGAAAAAUAGAGCUAUUGAAUGAUUCAAGAAAGAUAAAAGAUCAGUUCAAGGAAAAGAUUGAACAACUAUAUGAGGUGAAAAGGUUACAAAAGGAGCUGAAAGAAAAAUGGUGUUUUGUGAUGUGA